UCGAAAAGCAAAAUAACUCUGAGUUUGUUUUGGUUAAAAUAAAAUAAAAAAAAUUAUGCUUUCAUUAAAACAGAUGAUAUUUACGUAGAAAUUUAUAGUGGUCAUUAAACAUACGAUUUAUUACGAAAUUAUUUCAUCACGGGUGCGAAGUUCAUGUGCGAUGUUAUAUAUUUAGUAUUUUCUUUUGUAUUAAACAUAAAGAAGUUUUAAAAUGAGAUAGGAAAUAAUAGAAUUAACAAAACUAGAUUAAAAUGCCACAAAACGAGGUUGACCUUUUUCGCGAUACAUGGGUUCGUUAUUUAGGUUACGCCAACGAGGUGGGCGAGUCGUUCCGUCCCGUGAUUCCAGUCAGGGUGGUGCGCGCGAGCUAUGCGGUCGCAUUUGCGUACGCGCUUGCUGAUACUGCGGACAAGAGUUGGAGGAUGUUUAAAAAAGAUGGCCGACCUAAGCAAGUACUAGUAGAAGCUGGAGAUGCUCUCAUCUGGCAGACUUUAGCAUCUGUUAUUAUUCCAGGGAUUACAAUUAACAGAAUAAGUGCCUUCACACAGAAAACGCUAAAGAAUAAAGCGCAACGGAUCCCACCUACACCACGCAGUAUUAUCGCGGUGGCGGUGGGAUUGGCAUCCAUCCCAUUUAUUAUAUUUCCCAUAGACCAUGGGGUUACACUGUUCAUGGAUGCCACGUACCGGCGAUGGGUAUGAAAAAAAGGUUUAUAAACUGGAAUAAUAUUUAGUUUUAUAGCAUUAACAGGUUUUAUAAAUUACUUUUUUUGUUUUAUAGCAAUCAAAAUGCUUUAUAAAUGAAAAAUUUUUAAAGAGUAGAAAAAAUUCGAUGUGGUGGGAUUCGAACGUGUGUCUUUUUGCCCAACCGUGGUGACGUCUGACCUCUUAUCUCUCCAGAGCUAUUGAAUUUAUUCUACUCUCAGUUUUAAACUGGUUUAAUGCAAUCGGCCGCUUUUUUAAUUUUUUGACACUGGUAAAUAUUUUUGUUAAACGCACAAUGUAGGUUUUUGUUAUUUAAAGUAUCUCGUUCAAAUUUAUGGUCCGGCUAAAAUAUUGAUUUUGUGAUAUUAGUUACUGAUAUUGGAUGUAAAUUAUCAUUUGAAAAGUUUUCGGAAAUAUUUAUUUGAUGGUGGCAAUAUUAAUUAAAGUGUCAAAUGAGCCUAAAAUGCAUUAAAAUAAAAAAAAAAAAAAUCGAUGCUUUACUAUAUUUUUUAAAGGAUGUGCCAAAAGGCUUAUAGUUUUAUUUAGAUUGACUCUAAAUGGAAUUCUAUGUGACAGAUAUUAUUGAAUUAUUAUUUAUUAUUAGCUAUAUAAAUUCAGAUCCCAUUGUAUAAAUUAUAUGUGUGAAAUAUUAAACAUUCCAGA